AUGCUCCGUCCGGUGAUUCGAGGGGCUCGGUGGUAUCAGCAUGUCGCCCGCUCAAGCAGUCCGGCGACAUCGCCUCAUCCGUUCACUCGAACGUUCACCGCAGUAGCACCACUAUCGAUCAAUUAUGGCAGCCCGAAUGACAAAAUAAAUUUCUAUGAGCAAGACACACCGCGAAGCAAGAAAAGACGGAGGAUAGACCCGGAGGCCGAAGAUAACGCGGACAGGGAGGAUGUGCAACGCGAGCUCUCGCAGUUAGACCAUGAGCUAGAAGCUCUGAAAGAGGGCCCAUUCGGCCCCAAUAGCGCUUUCAUAAAAGGUCUCCCAGAGCAUGAAAGAGUAAUUGCGUUGGAAGCCCUCCGGAAGCAGGAAGCAGAGAACGGCAAAGAUGAGCCUAUCAACCUUGACAAUAUCUACGACGAGGAGUUGGAUGAAAUGCUUAGAGAGGAGUUUGAGGGAAUGGCUUUGGAAGAAGAAAAUUGGAUGGAAGACAAGAACGACGAUUCACAAAGAACAGUCAUACACCAACCCUAUGAAGUCAUACUCGAGGGUCCGGAACAUAGCAGCUAUGUUGGCAAAUUUAAUGAUGCUUUAAAGCGUUUUGCCGCUGAUAACUCUAGCGAAAGAGCGAAACGAGAGCUCUGGAAGUGGUAUCGAAGGUGUAAACAGGCUGUACCACAAUUUAUCGAUGCGGUCCCACAGGAGGCUAUGACGAUGCUAUGGUCCUCUCAACAAAACGAGCGCUCAACUGGAACACAGGCGGCUCAUGUACAGAUCCUGGCUGAGGAUGUGUUAUCCGCUGGACGAGCUCUUUCAACCACGGAUAUGCUUUCUUACAUAAAUUCACUACAACUAUCUGGUAAGACCAAAGAUGCACUGGACCAGUGGGAGGCGCAUCAAACCGGACUCAGUCAGAAAAAAGAAGAUUUGGAAGCCUAUUGGAAACUGGGAGUACAACUCUUUGCAGCAGAGGGCGACCCGCAGAGAGCUCAGGAUAUUGCUCUUGCAUUUCUGGCAAACGACAAUUCUCGACAACCUCGCAUCCUCAUUCCGGUCAUAACUGCCUGGGGUAGACAGGAUGGGGAAGAAGCGGAUGUCAAAGCAUGGGCUCUUUAUCUGCAACUGAAAGCACUGCUUCAACAUGAGAUUGGCAUGAGAGACUAUGACCAGAUCAGCAUUGAGUUCCUCAAAGCCGGGAAAUUAAGUCUUGCCAUUGCUGUGUUCAAAGAUAUGAUGGUGACCGGCCAAGAUUCGGCAAGCGACUCAACGGCGCUGUAUAAGGCAGCUGUCGGGUUAGUUGGUAACCUACAAGCGUCCGCUGUUUCCGAGCAAGACGUUAACAAAGUCUCUCUCUCAACGUUGACGGUUCUACCCCGUCGGUUUCAGAAUCGAUUCUUCUACGCUAGCUGGAUGAAAAAAUUGAUUGGAAUGGGCGAAGUUGAUUCCGCUGCCCUAGUGAUUGAGUUAAUGUAUGAGCGAGGCGUAAGGCCAGAUCCGAAGCAUCUCAACGGCAUCAUCGCUGGCUGGCUUCGCCUGGGGACUGCACCCGCGCGGGAAAAGGCUGAACAGCUAGGGUGGGCUAUGAUCCAACAGCGGAUUGAUCGGGUCUUACAAGAUGAGGCAAAGGGAACUACUCCAUCUCUAUCCCCGGAAAUGCAGCACGUAAAUGCACGGAUUCCGAAAUUCAUGAAACGCCCAAUGCCUCCAGCCAGUAUUGAAACCUUUUCGAUUCUACUCCUCCAUUACAGCCGACGGGGCGACGAAGAAGCAACUGGACAACUUGUCAACAGCCUCACACAUGCCCGAAUCCAACCUAACUCGUACUUUAUGAACCAUCUCCUCUACGCCGAACUCCGAAAACAAGACAUUGGUUCUCUAUGGAACAGGUUCAAGACCAUGUCCUCUUCCGUGCAGCCAGACCUUGAAACAUUCGCCUGUCUCUGGGACUGCGGGAAGGUGCAAUACGAUCGCAGCCGCAAAGCUUUCCUCUCCGAUUUCCCAAACCCUCGCACUCUGUACGCAGAAAUGCUGAAGUGGUUCUCCAAUCUCUCCAGCCGAGGAAAGGCCACCAUCCAAGAAGAUUUCUCUAAGGACCUCUAUGACCAAAUAAUCCGGUGUUUCUGUCUUUCCCGCGACCUUCCAGGCACUCUGGUUGCACUCUCCUCCCUCCGCUCAACCUUCGGCUUCUCUCCAGAUGAUGCAACAGCCCGCCUGAUCAUCUUACAAGUUGCGCGGCUCGCCGCCGCUCCCUCAGAUACCCCCAAACGUCGCCUUCGUCGCGUCUCCUCGACUCCAAAAAGCAAAGAAAACAUCAUCAACGUCCAACGCCUUGUCGAGCUUCUCAGUGAUCGCAAGUCCUCAACUCUCGAGUCCAGAGGCCUCAGCAUAUCCUCGCUAGAUCCGUACGAGAGAGAGACACAUCAACUAGACAUUAUGACUGACUUGCUGCGCAUCGUCAUGGUUCGGGCUGCUGACAAUCAAAAUCCUGACCCCGACCGUAUGGAGGCACAGGUCCGGUCUGUCGCAGAGGAAAUGGGCGUUUCUGAUGUAGAAGCUGUUUAA